AUGGUCGGUCAGCGGGGUCUGCGGAACAUGGUGCUCGCAGCGCCAUGGGCACUGCUGAUGCUGGGCAUGACGGUUCUUGAGGUGCAAGGGGCGCUUCAGGCACCGGCAGCAGGUCACUGGCGUCGAUCCUCGCGGGCGUGCCCUCGCCUGGAAAAGCCUCAGGCGGAAGACGUUGGUUUUCUAGUCAUCAACCUUGACCGAUCACCGCAGCGGCUAGCUCGGAUGCGCCAAUCCUUCAAGGAGCACAACCUUCCCCCCUUUGAGCGCGUGCGGGGCGUUGAAGCUUCGCCGGAUGGUGGCCCAUAUGACGUUCCGCGCCUUGUCCGUGGCCUCAAGUGGGCUGACUACGGGACAUCCUUGGCUCAUCUUCGGGCCUGGAAAGCCGCAGCUCGAAGUAACUAUCCUUGGAAUAUCAUAAUUGAGGAUGACGCCACACUAUUGCCCAACGCCUCAUAUCUCGAGCUUCCGCCCAUCCCAGUGGACUGCGACCUCAUCCUUUUUCGGCCAUCAACCAUCUUCGAGCGGGAGGACAUUUGUGAGGAGACUCCCGUUCAGGAUGCUUACUGGGGCUAUGGCAUGGUGGCAUACUUGGUGAGUCGUGAGGGUGCACAGCGAAUGAUACAAAAGGCCAGCAGAGGCUUUGGUGGUCCUAUUGAUGGCCACAUCUGGUACCAUAAUCACGUUUGUACAAUGCGGCAAGAUUAUAUCAGCCACUAUGAGUGUACUGCGCCUUGCAAAGACAGCAUCCGCACUUGGUUGAAUGGCGAGCUGGCCGAUAUGCCGGCGCCCGACUAGAGUAUGCGGCCCGGUAUUGUAACCAGGCCGGGCUCAGCUUGCAAGACACGACAAAGGCUCUGGCGACUCUGCUUGUUUUGAUGCCUUUGACAAUUUAGACACAUCGCGG